GUUCUCUCGCUUCUUGCGUUUCCAGUUAUUGUACAUGCCGUUCUGGUUCCAAUAACUUAUCUAGCUGCGUCCAAUUCGUCAGGAGCGGUUUGCCUGGAUGGAAGCGUUCCGGCUUAUCAUCUUCUACCGGGAGCCUCAAACUCAUGGCAUAUUUCUUUGGAGCUUUGGUUUCUGGGAAAUGCAAGGGUGGAGGAUGGUGUGACUCCGUGGUAUCCUGUGCUAACCGCGCCAAAGGUCACUGGGGAAGCUCCAUUUACAUGCAAAGCCCGACUGGAUUCGGAGGCUCGCUCAGCAACGACGCUUCCGUAAACCCGAACUUUUUCAACUGGACACAAGUGUUCGUCAGGUACUGCGAUGGAGCUUCUUUCACUGCUGAUGUCGAGGAGCCCCUCGUUUCAUCCUCCGGCCAGGUUUUGUACUUUCGAGGGAAGAGGAUUCUCAGAGCAGUCAUUGAUGACUUGAGAAGCAAAGGAUUGAGCAACGCGACACAGGUUCUUCUAUCGGGCUGCUCGGCUGGAGGGCUUUCGACUAUACUCCAUUGCAACGAUGUCCAGAGCCUCCUCGAUCCAGGCGUGACACUGAAAUGCUUGAGUGAUGCUGGGUUCUUCAUAAACACUUCCGAUCCUGGUGGUCACUACCUCAUGUCAAAGCUUUACAAGGACGUGGUCAGCUUACACAAGCUCGAAAACACGCUGGAUCAAUCCUGCAUUGGUGACUCAAACGGUGAUGCUACGAAGUGUUUCUUUCCUGAGAUCAUGAAAGCUUACGUCAAACCACCAUUGUUCUUGUUGAAUGCUGCUUACGAUUCCUGGCAACUCGAGCACGGCCUUAAUCUCUCGAGGGACUCAUACAACUCUUGCAUCAGCUACUCGUCAUGCCCACCAGUUGAACUCCUCCAAGGAUUUCGAGCAAGCAUGCUAGAUGCUCUUUCAGGUGGAUGGAGCUCGCUGGCUCUUUACAUCAACGCAUGCUUCACGCACUGCCAAGCAACCUGGGAUGCGACUUGGAACAUCCCCAAAAUCAAUGGCAAGUCUCCAGCGCAAAGUGUUGGCGACUGGUACUUCGAGAGGACUGCCCAGCCGGAACAAGCUAUUGAUUGUGCGUAUCCCUGUAAUCCAACUUGCAUCCAGCAAGCUUAACCAAGGUGGUCGUG